UUGAUAAAAAGACUAACAUUUAAACAGGGGGUGGGAUAUUAUCAUGUGAUAUUGAGUCAGCAUAAUGUGUUAAACUUUAACGUUAAUACAAGGAUACGCAUUUUAUCUCAAUGGAUGUGUUCUUAAAAGGGUAAUAUAUUUCCUGGAUGAUAAUUAUGGUUUAAGUAACAGAAAAUGAUAGGCAAAGUGUUUCUUGAUGGCGAAGUCAAAUAUCACACAUCUUACGUAUAACAUUGUUGUUAUGGGGGAUCCUUACUGUGGAAAAUCUUCUAUCAUAGAGAGAUACACGAGAGGAAAAUAUGGUCCAAACUAUUUACAAACAAUAGGUUCUGAGUACUCGAAGAAAGAACUUGUAAUCGAUGGAAACCCCAUUGUGCUUUAUGUCUAUGACACAGCAGGUCAAGAGGAUAUGAGGACUGUUAUCAAAAGCGUCUACAGAAAAGCACAGGGGAUACUUUUAGUAUUUGACUUUUCAAGAAAAAAGACACUCGACAAUAUACGAGAUUGGAUAGAUCUGAUUCAAAUGAACUGUGAUAUUACUCCGGAGUUGGUGUUGGUUGGGAACAAAGUAGAUCUAGAAGACUUUAAGGUCACUUCUCUUGAUGUCAAAACGUUUGAAGAAUCUCAUGAUAUGCCAGUUCUAGCAGUGAGUGCCAAAAAGAAUCAUAAUAUAGAUGAGGCAUUUGAUAUGUUGUCAAAGCAAAUAUUUGCCAAUAGGAAGAGGCUUUACCCCGGUAACAUGGUCACCAGUAUUCGUGUAGAUCAGAAACAAAAGCAGCAGAGUAGCUGUUGUACCUAGCAAUAGCUCAUCAUCACUUCUGAUCAUCUACCCCAUUGGAUAAUUAUGCCAGAAAAGUUGCCUUAAGAAAGACAAUCUGUGCAAGUAUUGGAAAGUCGGCUUUUGUUGGAACAGACAAAGACAUUUAUUUCAUCUUAUUGUGAUAUUCAUGCAAAUAACGAAGACAAAGAACGUUUGGAGAUUUACUUGAAUUCAAGGGAGAUAACCACUUUACGCGGAAUAAGACGGUAUAGUUCAGUCGGACACGUGUUACGAGUUGAAAGGUCGGACUCCACGAUAUAUCUUUGUUUUUUAUCAUAUGACCUUAUUGAACAUGUUCACAGUCAUGUUUAUAAUGCAAUUCGAUGUAGCCAUACAAAGUGACCUUUUUUGAUUUCUGUUGUUACUGUGUUAUAGGUCUUCACUCCACUGGAUCAUUGUGCCAAAAAUCUGCCUAAAGAAAGACAAUCUGUGCAAGUAUUGGAAAGUCAGCUUAUAUUGCAGCUUUUGUAGAAAUACACAUGGGAAUUUAAUAAAUCUAAUUGUUUUAUUAAUUCAAAUAAUGAACGGGACAAAUAGUCAGAAUUAUUUUGAUUCAAAGGAGAUAGCCACUGCAAGGAAUAUAACGAUGUGAUUUAGUCGGACACGAGUUAUGGGUUGAUGGGGCCUACUUAUACAAUGUAUUUUUCUACUCUACGAAGUUAUAUUUGGGUUUGUUGUUUUUGUGUGACUGUUGCGUGAAAAUGGUUUCAUCAGAUAUUUAAUGACUCUUAUUGUUCAACAAUUUAACAAAACGUUUCAAAUCUGUUUUUUAUUUCUUUAUCAUAAAGAAGAGUGUCAUCUAUUGGUUCAUAAAUUAGAAAGUCUGAAACUGAGACUCUACUGUCACUCAAAUUCCUGAAUUGUAAUGUCUGAAAGUUUGAAUCUUCUUAAAUUCUAGUUCCAGAAAAUUGGACUCUAUUGCCACUCAAAUUCUGAAUUGUAAAGUGUGAAACUGAGA